UAAAUCAUAUGGAAAAAUUCAUCAUAAUUACCUUGUUUUAAUGGAAAAUGAUUAAUUUUUUAAAUUUGGUACACCUUAAAUACCAAGAAUUCAGGUUCCUUAGACUCAUGAAUGGUUCCACUUUAGCUGCCAUCACAAGAAUGUUUUCUUACUCCUACUAAUUAAGCAAGAGAAGUGAAAUUUCAAACGCAGCUUUGACGUAACUAGUAAAGUUGAUGUCAUGUGAUCAGGAGGUCACGAGUUGAGCCGUGAAAACAGCAUGGUAAACUUGUUUCUAUGUGCCAGGAGGUCACAGGUUCGAGCCGUAAAAAUAGCCUAUUGCAGAAAUGCAGGGUAAGGCUACGAACGAUAGACCCUUAUGGUCUGAUCCUUCCCCGUACCCCAUGCACAGCGGGAGCUUUUAUGGAAACUGAACAAUAUUGCUGAUUUUGCUGCAGUCUAAUGCAUUUGCAAAAAUGGGAAAGAGAAGAAAUUGGUUUACAUUUGUGAAAAGACUACUUUUCAUUCCUGAGGCAAAACCAAAAGCUGAAAAGAAACUAAGGAGAUGGAAAUGGUUUUUGAGAAGGUUAAAAUACCAGCAUUGUCCUCCAGCAAUUGAAGCACCUCAGAAAACACUAAUAAUUGAGGCAACAGAACAGCAGAGGAAACAUGCUUUGGCUGUUGCUCUGGCAACAGCAGCUGCAGCUGAGGCUGCUGUAGCUGCUGCCAAUGCUGCAGCUGAAGUUGUCCGACUUACUAAUGCUCCGUAUGAGCUCGAUAGGAAACGGAAGAAUGCCGCCAUUAGAAUCCAAACCGCUUAUCGCGCACACCUUGCAAGGAAAGCAUUAAGUGCAAUGAAGGGACUCGUGAAGCUUCAAGCAGUGAUCCGAGGUGAACUUGUGAGACGAAGACUCGUUGCCAAAUUGAAGUGCAUGCUGCCAUUUCAAAUGUCAAAGCCGCGAGUUUAUCAUAUCAGAGUUCCUACUGUUGAAGAAUACUAUGAGAGUAUCGAAAAGAAACUUGAUAGUAGUCCAGAGGGAAACAUGAAUUCUAAUGAAUUAAAACUAAAAUGCAACAGCCAAAGGACUUGGGAUUUCAGUUUGGCUUCAAAAGAAGCCUUGUGUUUAAGAAGACAAGAAGCCAUUGCCAAAAGAGAGCGUAUGAUGAAAUACUCGUUUUCACAUCGGGAGCGGAGAAAUGAUCAUGUUCUGCACGAACCAUUAUUCAAUAAGGAAAAUCGUAGGAGCAGCAGGUUCGAUCAAUGGGCAGAACUUGAAGCACCAAGAAAAGCAGAAAUAUUUGAGCAACUGAGGUCAUUUGCAGACUCAAAUACUAUUCCUCUAGGUGACAUGAACCAGAUGGCACAACUCAAAAUGAGAGAAGCGCGUAAACAAGAUUUCAUAGAGGACUUAAAUUCUCCGUCAUCGCUACCAAGGAGAUCAUUUUCUCAUGUGAAACAGAAAUCAAUUGGUGAAGAUAGCUCUUUACCAAGUUCUCCUAUGAUUCCUACUUACAUGGCUGCUACAGAAUCUGCAAAAGCAAAGACUAGAUCAAUGAGCACACCGAAGCAACGGCUAAUGUUGCAUGAAACAUAUUUAGGUCAAUGUUCUCCUCACAUGCUCAAGCAUACUUCUUGGACUUCAUUUAAUGGUGAAGUGAACAGCAGUACUACAAAGAGUGAAAUCUCUCAGCAGACAGCUAUAAAUGUAAAAGGGUUUUGUCGCGGUUGAAAAGCUUAUUUCCAGCAGGGCAAGACAGAAACUUCAAGCGUGCAUCAGUUAUAGAACUCGAAAACAAAUAAUCAAGAGAAGCUAUAAUUUGGAUUUGUAGCUGCUUGAGUAAGGAAAAGAAGCAUUUUCCUUUUUUGUUUCUGGUUUCGUACUUUUACAGACUACACAUAUAUAUAUGUAAAUAGUUCAAAAAUAUCUACUUUCUGGUUUGUUUUUGCCCAAUUUUGUGUGGUUCAGAGAGUUUGAGUUUGCUUGAGGCAGUGAUGGUUGGUGUUGUUUGAUGGCUUUUCUUGUAAGCAUUUCUACUUCUGAUUUUUCAUAUAGAUUUCCUCCUUUGCCUGCUA